ACUUAACAAAUACAACCUGAUAUUUAGCCAUGAAUAUCAAAAACAUAGUAAUCAAAAUCAUAAUUUCACUAAUUUAUUUCCUAAAUAUAUCAUGUCAUGCAAAAGAUAGUAUUAGUCCAACUAAUUACCUUACAGGAGAUGAAACAAUAGUAUCAUCUGGUGGGCAGUUUGAGCUUGGUUUUUUCAACCCAGGUAAGGCUUCUAAUUGGUACAUAGGCAUAUGGUAUAAGAGAAUUCCUGGUCAUGUUAAAAUUUGGGUUGCAAAUAGAGAUAGCCCUGUUUCUGAUAAAUAUUCAUCCAUGCUUAAGUUUUUGAAAGAUGGUAAUUUAGUUCUUGUUAGUAAUGAGUCUAACUCACCCAUUUGGUCCACAAAUUUGGACUAUAAUACUAAUAUUAGUACUAAAAGUGUGAAAGCUGUCCUCCAAGAUGAUGGGAAUUUUGUUUUGAGAGAUGGGUAUGGUUCGAAUUCUGUGAUUUGGCAAAGUUUUGAUCAUCCAACGGAUACAUUUAUGCCGGGGAGUAAGUUUGGAAUUAACAAAAAGAGUAACAAAAGUAUAGAGUUUAGUUCUUGGAAAAACGCGGAGGAUCCUGGAACCGGUCUAUUUAGUUUCGAGCGUGAUCCUAAUGCUAGUCAGCUUAUUAUGUUGUGGAAUAAAACAACACAAUAUUGGAGUAGUGGGCCUUAUAUAUCAGAUCAACAUAUAUUUAGUGAAAUGCCUGAGCUUAGGUUUGUGCCAAAAGUUCUUAAUGUGACAUAUGUUGAUAAUGAGAAUGAGAGUUAUUUGACUUAUUCGGUUCAUGACCCUCGAAUUAUAACGAGGUUUGUGAUGGAUGUAUCGGGGCAGUUUAUGGAUAUAACAUGGCAGGAAAGUAGCCAACAAUGGGUUCUGUUUUGGACAGAACCUGGACAGAGGUGUGAAGUAUUUUCAUAUUGUGGUGCGUUCGCAAUUUGUAGCCAAUCUUCUUUGCCAUACUGUAAUUGUUUGCCGGGUUUUGAGCCUAAUUUUGCAGUGCAGUGGGGUCUGAAUGAUUAUUCGGGAGGAUGUCGUAGAAAAAACAAGCUAUCGUGUGGAAGUGAAAAAGGCAAUGAUAAGUUUUUGAAAACUUCAGGUAGAGUAUUAGUAGAACAUCCGGAGGCUAUUUUAGCAUCGGAUGCAGGAGAAUGUGAAUCGGUUUGUUUAAAAAAUUGCUCGUGUUCUGCGUAUAGUUAUGAUGAUGAUGGUUGUUUUAUUUGGGUGUCGGAUCUUUUGAACAUGAGGCAACUCUCUGAUGGUAGUGGAAAAACUCUUUAUGUUAAAGUCUCGGCCUUAGAUGCAGGAACAAGCAAAAACAAGAAACUAGUAAUUGGUAUUUCAGUAGGAUUAGGCGCGGGAAUUCUAGCUCUUACUGCUUUUCUUUUUCUUUUUUACUGGAGGGGAAAAAGGCGGUUGAUGAAAGCUUCGAGAAGUAUGGAGCACUCACUAACACGGUUUUCAUUUAGAGACUUGCACACUGCCACUAAGAAUUUCAGUCAGAAACUCGGAAGUGGUGGUUUUGGUUGUGUGUAUAAAGGCCUUUUGCCGGAUUCCGCGGUCAUAGCAGUAAAGAAGCUUGAAAGCGUCAACAACAGUCAAGGCGAGAAGCAAUUCAGAGCAGAAGUGAGUGUAAUAGGGACAAUUCAGCACAUUAAUCUGGUUCGGCUUUGUGGGUUUUGCUCAGAAGGGUCUAAGAGGUUGCUGGUUUACGAAUACAUGCCAAAUGGGUCGUUGAACACUCUUCUUUUUGGACGAGACGUGCCACAGAUUUUGUGCUGGAAAGUAAGGUACCAAAUAGCAAUGGGAAUUGCAAGGGGAUUGGCUUAUCUACAUGAAAAAUGCAGGGAUUGUAUCAUACACUGUGACAUUAAGCCCGAGAAUAUCCUGUUAGAUGCUGAGUAUUGUCCAAAAGUUGCAGAUUUCGGGCUAGCAAAGCUCAUUGGAAGAGAUUUUAGCCGGGUUUUAACAACAAUUAGAGGUACGAGGGGCUACUUAGCACCAGAAUGGAUCUCAGGCGAGGCAAUCACAGCAAAAGCCGAUGUUUAUAGCUAUGGAAUGGUGCUCUUUGAACUUGUUUCUGGCCGAAGAAACAUCCAACAAGCAAAUGAAGAGAGGAUGGAUUUCUUUCCUGCUUGGGCAUUACGCAAACUAACUAAUGGUGAAGAUGUUUUAAGCAUAAUAGACACACGGUUAGAAGGAAACGCAGACGGGGAUGAAGUUAUGAGAAUAUGCAAACUAGCAUGCUGGUGCAUUCAAGAUGAAGAGAAUCAAAGACCAUCCAUGGGGCAAGCAGUACAGGUUCUUGAAGGAGUUUUAGAUGUUGAUAUGCCUUCAAUUCCACGGUCUGUCCAAGGUUUUGCCGAUGACGGAGAAAGUCUAAGGUUUUUCCAAGAGUUCUCGUCUUGUCAAUACUCAACUGAUACAACUGUCUAUGCAUCAGUAACUUCUGUUACCCAACACACUUCUACCAACACAAGUAUUGCGCCCCAAAUUCAGUCUGUGUAGCCGAUCCUAAUCUUUUUGGAUUAAGGAUUUGGCAUUGUUGCUGUCAUAACGUGUAAUGCUCCCCUUAAAUUGUAAUAGUUUUUUUUCUCUGCCUCUCUUAAGCAAUAAUGUAGCUUACUUACUAAUUGCCGGAUCAGACCUAUGUUGAUGUAUGAGAAAGUGAAUUUAAGUUUUCUUGCUUACAAACUUUUUUAAGUAUAACUAUUUUGUUACGAGAAACAAAGAAAAUUAAGUACACUAUUUCCUACGUCUCUUUAAAUUUGCAACACAACAUUCAAAAGUAGCAAAUUCAAAGGGAUAUAGGAGGAGAACUGUUUCUAUCGCAUCAUUUGGCAAUAAAUGAGGUUUGCUGAUGGAUCUAUUAAACAUCAAGUAC